AUGCUGAAUGCUUUCAAGUUUUCGAAAAAGUUUGUGGAUCUAGUUAUGAUGUGUGUAAGAACUCCUCAUUUUAGUCUUAUGUUUAAUGGGAGUUUGCAUGGGUUUUUUGAAGCCAAGAGGGGCCUUCAUCAAGGAGACCCGGUGUCUCCUCUUCUUUUUGUCUUGGGCAUGGAAUAUUUAUCAAGAGUGAUGAUGAAGGUUGGAGAGAAAGAAGAUUUUAAGUUCCAUGAUCGAUGUGAACAACUAAAAUUGAAUCAUCUUUGCUUUACGGGUGAUGUCUUGCUUUUCUGUCAUGGUGACUUUAAAUCGAUUUACCGUAUGCUUCAAGGUCUCAAGCUUUUUUCUCAAACUUCGGGUCUACAACCAAGUGAGGCCAAAUCUGAACUUUAUUGUUGCAACAUGGCUGAAAGUGAAGUUCAAAGAGUGGUGGAGGCCUCAGGAUUUGGAAGGAGCCAGCUGCCAUUUCGUUACUUGGGCAUUCCGAUUUGUGCCAAAAAAUUGCCUAUUGCUGAAUGUGACAUUUUGAUAGAGAAGAUGGUGCAAAGAAUCAAAGUGUGGAGUUCAAGGAACUUGUCUUAUGCAGGUCGGGUAACAUUGGUAAACUCUGUGCUCAUUGCUAUUCAUACUUAUUGGUCACAACUAAUGAUUCUUCCUUUGAAAGUUCUACAAAAAGUCAACUCUGUUUGUAGAAGUUUUCUUUGGAAAGGGGUGGAUUCAAGCGGUCCGGGAUUAGUAGCUUGGGAGGACUUGUGUAAGACCAAAAAAGAAGGAGAAGAAGAUUGGAGGACCUAUGAGGCUCCUCCUUCCAGCAGCUGGUAUUGGAAGCAGAUUGUAAGAGUGAAGAACAAAUUGAUGGGGCUGAAUGUCUUCCCAAGCUCUGCAACAGGUUCAUACUUGAUCAAAGAGGGAUAUGCUAGCCUUUGUCCUGAAUUUCCAGUGAUUAAUUGGCAAGGACAAAUGAGGAUUGUCCAAUUUGUGGACUGA